AAAGAACUUGAAAAUAAGGUUGAAAGAUUCAAAAGACUUCAUAGAGAACGUGAGACUCAGAGAAUGCCAGCUCCCGAGUGUCUCUCGAAAAAAACUAUUGAGAAAAGAGUAGAAAGAGCAAGGAAGAUCUAUGACUUAUUUUCGACCAUUGGGGUAGAUCAAUUUCAGCAUCACAGAUCUACAAGUUAA